CAAUACCAUACUGCCCCUGCUCCAUUUGAUGACCUGACCCUGACCCUGACCCUGACCCUACUAUAAUACAAGCGCAGCAGCCACUGAGUCCUGAGAGCGCGCAACAGCAGCUAAGCUAGCACUAGCAGGCGGCCGGGCAGGUCGGCAUGGAGCCUCACAUGGAGAGCGCGCUGCGGCAGGGCCUGUCGGAGGCGGAGCAGCGGGAGCUGGAGGGCGUGGUGCGCGCGCACCACACGUUCCCGGGGCGCGCGCCGGGGACGUGCACGUCGCUGGUGACGCAGCGCGUGGACGCGCCGCUGGCCGCCGUGUGGCCCAUCGUGCGCGGCUUCGGCAGCCCGCAGCGGUACAAGCACUUCAUCAAGUCGUGCGACCUCAAGGCCGGCGACGGCGCCACCGUGGGCAGCGUCCGCGAGGUCACCGUCGUCUCGGGCCUCCCGGCCUCCACCAGCACCGAGCGCCUCGAGAUCCUCGACGACCACCGCCACAUCCUCAGCUUCCGCGUCGUCGGCGGCGACCACCGCCUCCGCAACUACCGCUCCGUCACCUCCGUCACCGAGUUCCAGCCGGGCCCCUACUGCGUCGUCCUCGAGUCCUACGUCGUCGACGUCCCCGACGGCAACACCGAGGAGGACACGCGCAUGUUCACCGACACCGUCGUCAAGCUCAACCUCCAGAAGCUCGCCGCCAUCGCCACCUCUUCAUCGGCCAAUUAAUUCCUCCUCCUCCCCCUCCGGUGCCGGUGGUGCCACGGAUCAUCGUCACUAGCUAGCGCGCGCUAAUCCAUUGCGUCCAAGGCAUGCCCUGUUCGUUCCGUUGCUACUGCAAAUUGCCUGCAAUGGUGACGAUGCUUCUUGCUUGCUUUUUCAUCUCUCCAUCCGUCCAUCGUUUCUAGCUCUUUGGAACGAACAAGAAGCUAGCUAGCUAGCUAGAGAGAGAGAAAAAAAAUGUUGUCCAACAGUUUGCUAUAAACGACCUUUUCCUUUUAUUUCAUCGUAACUAAUUCAGCCUUUCGGUAUUGCAAAUCUGCUGCGUCGGUGACAUCGAAAGGGGUUGCAAGUUGGUGUUAUUUUAUAUAUAUCCUGGUUUUCUUC